AUGGAAGCCUCAGGAGAGUUCUGCGUUUACGAGGUAAAACCUGGAGAUUCACUGUCGGCUAUCGCCGCCCAGUUGAAUUUUGUAACCCCAACUCAGAUUGCUAGAGCAAAUCAUUUGCCCCUCAUGAGUUACGGCCUCCCUCCUGUUUUUCCUGGUCAACGUUUAAUUAUUCCAACAGCUGCACGUGCAAAUUGCAGUUCAACUAAAAUAAAGCAUCUUCCUGGUGUUGCGUUGCGCAUAGAGGAUAUGGAUAAGCAAAAUGCUGAUACUACAAGUACAGGAUUUCUAGCUGUUCAGCCCUUCUUUUAUACAACACGUGUUUUGAAUCCUAAUAAAUCUUAUCCCAUUGAUGAUGAUGCCCUGGAACGCCAAUUUGUUAAAGUGAAUGCCUUUCGUGUUCUAAAAAGUCUUGAUAAUUUGAUAGAUGGUGUUUUGUUGGUUACACCUGAAUCUUUAUGUUUCGACGCAAGUCAAACUGCAGUAGCACAAAAACAGGCUUAUAUAGCUUCUCAUUCUGAAUUAUCUUCAAGUGAUUAUAACAUUGAUGCUACUUAUAACAAAACGAUUGAAUCAUAUCAUGACUCUGAAGAUAAAUCAUCCACAUGCCAUGAUAAUAAUGCUGAGCUUUCUUGUUGUCAUAUUCCUCAAGAACUACUAAAUUUGGGAUUAUGCAUUCCAUUAGAUUCAAUUGUUGCGAUGAAAACGCUUGUUGAAAACGAUGUUAUACAUAUUUUAAAGUCCGAAAGUAACGAUAAAUUAAAUUUAUUAUCCAACUCAACUUUGCAAAAUGAAAGGGCAGAAGAACAUGACAAUAUACAAAGUAUAAAUGAAAAUGAGAAGUCAACUAAUGAAAAUACUGAUGAUCAGCGAAAUGAUUCUAAUUCACCCAGUAAUUGUGAUGACGAACAGCCUGACGAAACUAAUAAAUCAAUUAUAAACGACAAUUCCGUUAGUCUCUCCGAUAACACUUAUGCUGUCAAUAUUGAUGAACAGUUGACAAUUCAUGAAAUUCCCCCUGAAAUCGAGACAACUUUGUCAGCGUCAUCAUCAGUAUCAUCAUCACCACACCAACUACCGACAUCUUUAGAAACAUUGAGUACAUGUGAGACUCAAUUAUUACAAAAGGAAAAUAGCAGUGAAGACAAAAAUGUAGCUAAGUUUACAAGCGAUCUAUACUUGAAAAUCACUCUAGUUGGAGAUAUAACUCAUAUAUUUCGUCUUGCUGUAGAUCGCCUCACUCAAGUCUACAGUUUUCUUUUACGUGCUGGUGUGGGCAGUUUAGACAAGCAUAUAGAAGUUAACAAUGAUUCUGAACAGGUCGUUAUUGAAAAUUCUGAUAAAGGACAGUCGUUAGAUCCUGAUUCCACAGUAUGUCAUCGUCGUAGUUUAGUUGAAGAAAUGUUAGAAAGUCUGGAACAAUCUAUUCAUGUACCAAUACUCAAUGGUGGUGAAAGCGGAAUAUUAACUAAUGACAUGCUAGUAGAUCUAAGUGUUAACUUCCCUGCACAUUGGACUAGUUCUAACUUAAAUUCAAUCUACAAAUCUGAAGAUGAUGGCUAUAGUUUAAACACAGUGUACAGAAAGUGUAAAGAUGUUGAAGGUAGUGUUCUAUUGCUUAUACGUGAUACAAUGGGUGUUGUAUUUGGUGCUGUUAUGUCGGAAACAAUGAAAUGUAGUAAACAUUUUUAUGGGACUGGUGAAACAUUUGUCUUUCAUUGGAAACCAACAUUUAAAAAAUAUUGUUGGACUAAGAAGAAUUAUUUUUUCAUGAGAGGAUCUCUUCAUUCAUUUCAUAUUGGUGGUCAAAGUGGACGAAAUGCAAUAUGGUUUGAUGAAUCAUUAAAAUAUGGUUGUAGUGAACCAACAGAUACAUUUGAUAAUCCUGUACUUAGUGGAAAUUUACCAGAUAUACAAUUUUCUUCUUUAUCAAUCAAUAAAUCUGAUAAAAAUGAAAAUGUAAUUAUACAAAACAAUCAUAAUUUUAAUCCAUUAAAUCCAACUAUAAAUUAUCCAUCUACACUAGGUGACAGUGUCUCAUUCAUCAUUGAUACCUUUGAAUUGUGGCAAUUAAUUAGUUGUUAA